AGAUGUUUUAGUGUGUCACAAAAGCUGCAAAGCCUCUAUCCACAUAACCGAACAUUACUGGACUCCCACCGAUUCCUUUGUGUUUGUAGAAAAGGGUUGCUGCAGGAAAGCGAUAUAGUAACCACGGCAGCAUCAUGGAGCAUGAGUACGACAUCACAGAUGACCAGGAGGACGCGUUCAAAGUGCACAUAUACCCAGCAAGGUCUAUGGAAGAAGAUGGACAGUAUGCAGACAGGGAUCUUCCAAGGUCAAGAUCAUCUCCAGGCCUGUCAACAAAACCCACUACGAACGUCCUCCCGAGAUGUUCGCGGACACAAAUGUCAUUAACGUCAGGCCCUCCUAUAAAUCGAGACCUGAAGCCAGGCAGAAGAAAGACUAAAUUAGAUGAAAGCAUGUUACCUUCACAGAUGAGACAGCAACUCUCCCAAAGGUGUUCUCCAUCACCUCCACCAUCUACCACAAAUUUAGCAAAUCAGUUGUCUGGACUGUCUCUACAGAAACCCUCCAGAAGAAAUGGGCAGAAAACAACUGAAAAAGCAGCAUGCAGUUCAUCCACAACAGGUCUACAAAGUGGUGAAUGUAUUUCAGCCAGACAUUCCAGUACAAGAUAUUUGGAUUUGGAAACUCAACAUGUAGAGAAAUGGUUGCAACCAAAUCUAGAAGAGGUAUUGUCAAAGCAUCAACAUCAAGAAUGGGCUCGAACUGAAGACGACAUUGGCCAACCUCAGUUUGUUCCACUAGAAAUGUCGCAAGAGCAGACCUGUUUUGAAAAGGACUGGUAUGUUGGGGUUUGCAGUCGAGCCGAUGCAGAGCAUGCCUUACAUCUGGUCAACAAGGAAGGGGCGUUUCUGGUGAGAGACUGUUCCAAUAACACCAACAGUGAACCUUUGGUAUUGGUGGUGUAUCAUGACAAGAAAGUUUAUAACGUAAAAAUCCGCUUCAUCGAGAGCACCAGAAAGUUCGCCCUGGGAACAGGACAACGAUCGAAUGAUAUGUUUGACUCGGUGGCAGAAAUUAUCACAUUCCACUCCACACACCCAGUAACACUCAUCAGUGGGAGAAAUGUGUCUGCAAGCAAAUACCCAGAAAACUGCGUGUUGACGUAUGCAGUCACUAAAACGGAUGUUGACCAACUGCUACAAUGACAGAGGGAUCAUACUGCUAAAUCUGACAGAUCCUGUCUGCAAAAACCCCGGGUUUAAGGAAAUAAAAGCAAAUCCUAACAUCGACGACUGUGUACAAAUUUGUUCAGUGAAAGCACAUAGUAUAUAAAAAUAAAGUGUAAACUUU